CGUCUUACGACACGCAUAAUGGGACAACUGCUUGAACUCCCAGAUGAGAUACUCACUCAUGUUUGCACCUUGAUAUGCGAUUCGGAUCGUCUAGCGCUCUUCGAAGUCAUAUAUGUCAAUAAGAGGCUACAUAGAAUUGCCUCACCGCUUCUCGUCUGCCAUUGGCCUUUCCAUCCAUCGAUCUUACACAAACAUGCACCUGCUCGCUUUUCAGUGCAUCUUCUUCGAAAUCCUUACCUCCAAAGGAAUGUCAAAUCAAUUGUCUUCGAUGACCUGAUUACUAUCGAGGAAGACGACCCCUGGGCUGGGGAUGGCGAGCUUGAGGAACUUGCUGUAGCAGCACGUCAACGUUUCCCAGAGCUUGCUAUUGAUCCUAGCUGGUGCGAAGGAUUGCUCAAUGGAUGCAUAGACCCUGUAGCAGCACUUCUCUUAGUUCUAUGUACCAGAAUCGAGAGCCUUGACCUUAUGAUUCCGUACUAUCAAGAGUCAAGACUGUUGGUGUUAAAACUUGUGUCUUUGGCUCUCAAGCAUAGUGGUCCUCAACGGCCAUUAGAGAACCUCCAGCUCGUUGUGCUCAGAUGGUACGAUGACGACGACCCCGGACAUAUUCAAUGUGCGGCACCAUUUUUUCACCUUCCAAAAGUCAAAACUCUUGCUCUCUCGGCAUUAUCUGACGAGAUACCGAUCAAGAGCAUCUCGGAUGAGAAGGAUCGGAAUGAACAUGCCAAACUGAGCUUGGACUCUGAUAUCUACGAGACGCGUUUUCCUGUCGGGACUUCGCCUAUUGAGAAGUUGUUUUUAGAAGCCGCUUGCCUCACAAGCCAUGGACUGCUCACAGUUGUCAGCGCCUGUAAACGACUGAAGAAACUCGCUUUUACUUGUGGAAACCCCGCCAGAAUGACUAGCGAGGGACAUAAUAGCGCCCCUCUCACUCGGCAGGCGUUGCUACUCCAUGCAGCAUCUUUGGAGGAGCUUGCGUUCAAUCUUGAGACACACCGCUUCAGGCACACUGACGGGAGCUUAGAAUACACGUCUCAUACUGGUCUAAAUUGUUUCAAAGAGUGCUUUCAACAGAUGAACAAGCUCAAGCGCCUUACUAUGGAUAUUCAUGUCCUCUACUUCCAUGAUAUUUCACGAAACGAGAAAAUGCUGGAUUGUCUACCGAGAUCACUUGAGUAUCUUGGUCUCGAGUGCGAUCUUGCGAGUUAUCAGCCACAAAUUCUGGGGUAUGUUGAAAUACUGUGCACAGUGUUAAAGGCAUGCGGACCUGGUCAACGUUUUGGUGCGCUGAAAACUUUGGAGUUAUGGUUAUUUGUCUACGGUGGAAUAGACGAGAACAUAUAUGAUCCGGUCAAAGAACUAGCGCGGGAGAAGGGCAUCGAAUUCACAUUUACUAACUUAUCUCAUGGAGGAGGUAAUGCUUGGGAGACAAUGGGUAUGAUGCCUGACCCAUAUCCUCCUAUUGUCGAUCCUGCAGCCGGACCUAAGAGAGCAAGACGAGGGUGACACAAUUUCAGUGAUGAAGGUUUGGAUUCGAGCAGUUACAUACAUUAAUAUGUUUAUCAAGGC